AUGUACGGGCACAGCAAGCAAUUAUUACCUCAAGCUAUUGCCCACCGUGGCUUCAAGGCCGAACACCCCGAGAACACAAUGGACUCUUUCAUCGGGGCUGUCAAAGUGGGGGCACAUGCCAUUGAAACCGAUAUUCAUUUGACCAAGGACGGGGUGGUAGUUCUUUCCCAUGAUCCUGAUUUAAAACGGUGCUUUGGGCUGAAGGACAAGGUAAUCGAAUGCGACUGGAAAUUUUUGAGCAGCGUCCGCACACUUCGCGAGCCACACGUUCCCAUGCCACGACUACAAGACCUGCUUGAAUACGUUGCGCAGCCCGGCUUGGAGCAUAUCUGGCUGUUCCUCGACAUCAAGCUGGACAACGAUUCUGAUGAUGUAAUGAGGCUGAUUGCGAAGACGCUGGCGUCUGUCCAUCCUGGAGCCCGACCGUGGAACAACAGAGUCAUUCUGGGAAUCUGGGCAGCCAAAUAUCUUCCGCUAUGUGCCAAGUAUCUUUCAGGGUUUCCCGUCUCGCACAUCGGGUUCUCCACGGUUUAUGCGAGGCAGUUCCUGAAGGUACCCAACGUAUCGUUCAGCAUGCAUCAAAAAGUACUAUUCGGUCCCUUCGGCUCCCGCUUCAUGCGCGACGUGCGAAGGGCGAAUCGACCACUCUACGCUUGGACGGUCAACGACACCAACCUCAUGAAGUGGGGUAUUCAGCAUCAGCUGGCUGGGGUUGUCACAGAUGAUCCGAAGAGAUUCAGAAGGAUAUGUGAAGGGUGGGACGAUCAGAAAGAACCGCCAGUCAGACAGACGUGGGUUCAAUGGUUCUACACGAUAUAUGUGUGGAUAUUAAUCGCCGUCUUCUCCCGGCCUUUCAGGCGCAAGUUUCCCGAAACGGUGGAGCAGUAUAUUCAGAAGAAGAACAUCCGAGCUAAGGCAGCCGAAACGGUAGAGGAGCUGUGA